UCUUACCCUGUAAUACUCAUAAUUCAUUCUGUUCUCACUCAAAAAAACGAUAUUUCUUCCUACUCAAAAGUUCUGAGACUAUGACGACAGUAACAACAUAUAACCACGAUGAAAAUGAAGAAGACAGAUUGAGUGGUUUACCUGAAGGCAUUUUACUUCACAUAUUAUCGUUUUUGACCGCUAAAAAGGCCGUCCAAACUUGCAUACUGUCCAAAAGAUGGAACAAUCUCUGGAAGCAUGUUCCCACCCUUGAAAUAUAUUAUUCCCACUUUACAAUUUUCAGAAGUUUCACCCAAUUUAUCUAUCAGAUUUUAUCUCUUCGUGAUCCCUCAAGCGCACUACACACUCUCAAUAUUAAACAUAUUAACCUCUAUCAUUUAUUGGACGCUAAACUACUCAAAACUGUUUUAAAUUAUGCAGUUUCAUACAAUGUUGAGCGAUUACAAAUGCGUUUCAAAAGUGAUAUUAAAUAUUUUCCGCCUUGUUUAUUUUCAUCUCACACAUUAAAGUAUCUUGAACUUUAUGUUAGUCAUAGCUCACAUAUAAUAUUUCCUAAUUCUCUGAAUUUGCCAGAAUUAACCACUCUGUCUCUACGACACUUUUACUUUGGUUGCGACGGCGGUCGUGUUGAGCCUUUUUCAACAUUUAAUAAGUUGAAGAAUUUGAAGAUUUUUCUUUGUUCAGUUGUUGGUGGUGAAAACCUCUUCAUAUCAAGUGCCACGCUUGCCAACUUAAUACAAAUUGGCUAUCCUUAUCUUGGGAUCAAAUUCGAGUUAUACACUCCAAGUCUUUGUUACUUUGAGUUUGAAGGUACUCCUUUUCAGAAACUAUGUGGGAGAAACAACAAUCUCUCUUCUGUCAAACAUGCAAAUAUUAAUCUAGAAGCGCGUCCAAUUCAUGAGGAUACUCCUUUGGCUCUAUUAAACUGGAUGAUUGAGCUUGCUAAUAUCGAAUCAUUGACAGUUUCUCUAACUGCUCUUCAGGCUCUCUCGUUAGUUCCUGAUUUUUUGAAGGUCAAAUUUCGUUCCUUAUGUAAAUUGAAGUCACUAAAAGUUGAAGCAGACUUGUUACACCCAUCCAUACCUCAUGGAGUAAUUAAAUUUUUGAUUCAAAACUCACCAUCAGCAAAGGUUGAGUUCAUAUCAGACAUUGAUUAAGCUUUCACAGGAGCUUCAGAAUUAUGAAGUUGGCGAAGAAGAUGAAAAAGUGGACUACAAAGUAGAGAACAAACGAGUGGAAGAAAAGAGCAGUAAUCUAUUCGUUAUUUCCUGUUUUUUCUUCAUAUUAGGAUUCUGAUUUGCUUCUCAAGUCCUAUAUUUUGAAUUGCAUGUUUGGAAUUUCAUGAACUUUUAUUUUGAAUUCUUUUGUUUUUGAGUGAUUUAUGUGGGAGAAGAGUUUUAGCUUAUUUGAUUAAUAAAAUUUAAACCUAAGGAUUAUUUUAUAUAUUCAUAGGGGAUGAAAGUACCUCUAUAAAAUUUACACA